UCCAAGGCUUUCCAGGCUCCUUAAUGGUUUUGGCCGAAACCUUGACUUACUUCUUCGGUGGCUUGUCCUUGGCCAUGGCUCUGGAAGGUCUCCAGGGCAUGCGCAGGUGCCUCCAACCCUUGAGGUACCUGGCCUUCAUGCCCGCCUCAUUAGCCUACAGCUGGGCCGGCUUCAUGACCUACCCGGCGAUCAAAGGUUUCGGUGCGAGCCAAUUCUAUCUCCUUGCACAGCUUCGAGUUGCAAUCAUUGCGGUUUUCAUGCGAAUCGCCAGCCAUGUUCGUCAACCUGCGAACGUCUGGAUCUCUUUGCUUCAGCUGGUGCUGGGUAUGAUUGUCCUGGUGUGGUACAAGGCGGGUGCCGUGGCUGGCGAAGUGGGCUGUCACUUCCUUCCGGCGCACGCCUUAAGACCUGCAGGAAGUGAGGGGGAGACCCAAGAGGGAGAAGAGCAAGUGAGCUUCAUGCUCAGUUUUGCCGCCAUGGUGGGUGUCAUCGUCACUUCGGCCUUCGGCACCCUAUACCUGGAGCGCCAGCUGAAGGCCAGUUCCAAGGAUCCGCUGUUCGUCCAGUUGCAUCAGUUGAAUGCGGCCGGCUUAACAGGUGCGCUGAUGGUGGCCAUGCGUCGGGCCAACGAGCCCGAUGUGUCGGAUGCCCACCCCGGGAUGGAGCUUGACAGUGAUGUCCCCACCGCCGCUCCUGACGAGGAGAGUCCCUACCUGCUACCGCUGAGAGUCGCCCUUAGUGUCUCCUGUGUGGUCGCCCGUGGCGCUCUCAAUGGCAGCGUUCUGAAGAAGUUGGACGCCUUGACCAAAGGUUUGAUCGAUGUCACGGCUAUCGUCCUCUGCACAGUGAUUCAAGUUUUGGCCCAAGGGCGACAGACGGAUGUCACUGCCAUGGGCCUUCAGAUGAUGAUGCUGCUUUCCGUGCUUGGCUUCGUGUCCGCAAGACAAGUUGCUCCCCCGCCGGCACGCUGCGACGAGCCCCGCACGCCGCGCACGCCACGGGAACUGCUGCCCUUGCGGUCCAAGUCGAAGGGUUCGAAGUGGCCCUGGGAAGUUCAGCUGGAGCAAGUACCGAAAGCCCUGUAAGAUGCAGUGAAGCCCAAUUAAGGGCCAGCGAUGAACACCAGCUGAGGUGACACAACAGGUGGUAGCUGGAUGUUAAUCCCCUCCCACUAUGGUAUUU